AUGUGUGUCCCCACAGGUGGCCUGAAUGUGGGUGAGUUCCGGAAGGUGCUGAUGAAGACAGGCCUGGUGCUGGUCGUGCUGGGUCAUGUGAGCUUCAUCGCAGCCGCCGUGCUCCAUGGCACCAUGCUGCGCUUCGUGGCUGCCGCCAGUGAUGCCGUGGUUCUACAGUACUGCGUGGUGGACAUCCUCUCCGUCACCUCUGCCAUCCUGGUCAUCAUUGCCGGGAUCGCAGCUGUCGUCCUGUCCCGCUACCUCCCCAGCACCCCCUUGCGCUGGGCUGUGUUUAGCUUGAGUGUGGCCUGUGCUGUCCUUUCUCUGACCUGCGCCCUUGGGCUCCUGGCCUCCAUCGCAGUGACUUUUGCCACCCAGGGUCGGGCGCUACUGGCAGCCUGUACUUUUGAGAGCCCUGAACUCCCAACGCUGGCGCCUGACUGUCCUUUUGACCCUACUCGAAUUUACAGUUCUAGUCUGUGCCUCUGGGCCAUCUCUCUCAUGCUCUGUGUGGCGGAGAGCGUGUCUGCCCUGCGCUGCACCCAGCUCGUGCAUCGGCUGCUGGAACUGAGACCCUGGUGGGGGAAAAACUGCCACCACACGAUGCAAAUGAGCUCAGAGCCCCUGGAUGGCCAUGACCUACUGAGCUGCGCUAGCUCUGUGCAGCUGACCAUCUGACACCUCAGUGGGGCCAUGACUACUGAGGCUCGUGACCAAGUCUGGACAUAUGACCAAGCCUGCACUGACCAGUGCCCAGGGAGCCAUGGAAGAAGCCUAGAUGAAUCCAGGAUUCCCAGAGCAGGCCCAAGAGGGCUCAAUGGACCCCUGGGGACCUGGGAGAGGGCUUUGAGUGCCCUCCCUGG